GUUGUUGGGUUUGGUUUCGGUGCUGGGCCCCUGUCUGUCCGCCCGGGUCGCCCAUGCAGGUGUCCGGCCCUGCUCGGAGGCCUGGUACCACCGGUAGGUACCUGGAUUCCCGUUCCAGCCCCUUCCAGCCCGGCCUCGACUCUCUCCGCUCUUGGGGCCGAGAGGCUGGUGACCUACCUACGGUGCCAGCUUCCACCGCUUGUUUGUUAGGUUUAAAAUAAGGUGGUUUCUCAUGCGCUUCCCGCAUUGCUUAAGCGGGGUUUCCCAGAAGCAGCUGGAAAGGAACCAACCAGCCUCUGGUUUCUCUUUCCGAGCCCCUCCAACCCUCUCUCUUCAUGAGGAUUUAAACACGUCCUUGAUGGCGGUGGGGUUGCAGGUGUGUCGAGACCAGUGCCUCAUUUCUCCCGUGUCUCUGAGGCAGGAACCGCUGCUGUAUUUGCAGGCUGCCUAGCACGGCAGGGUUGUGGUUUCUAGGUGCUACAGCACAAGAUCGUGAGUAACACUGAGAUGGCAUUUUGGCUCCUUUAAUCAAUGUAUUUCUUUACCUGUGCAGGGACUGGAUCCUGUCCCGGUGCUUAAGAUGCCUCCCAGGAUCUGGAGGCUUGCACUGUAUGCUUUCUCAAUCGCCGUGCUUGCAUGCCUUGUGUACCUAAAGAAGGAGACCAAGACCCUGGUGUCUCCAGCCGGCCAAAUGCCAGACGCCCCAAACUCCAGGCGCACGUUUUGGGCCCCAGGGCAGACUGGACCCAGCCAGUGCUUGCCAAACCUGACCAUUGCCAACUCCUCUCUGGCUCUCCCAGAGCUUCACCGCCUCUUCUUAAUGUACAGGCACUGCAGGAACUUCACGACGCUGCUGAGGCCCACGAGGUGCAGCCAAGAGACCUUCUUGUUGCUGGCGAUCAAAUCUCCCCCCAUCAACGUGGACCGCCGGAUUGCCAUCCGGAACACGUGGGGGAAGGAAGCGACCAUUGGCGGCAAGCUGGUCAGGCUGGUGUUCCUGCUCGGGCGGGCCGAGGCCAAAGCCCGGGGUCACUCCCUCCGCCAGCUGCUGGCUUACGAGAGCCAAGAGUUUGACGACAUGGUCCAGUGGGAUUUCACCGACAACUUCUUCAACCUGACGCUGAAGGAGCUGCACUUCCUCCGCUGGUUCGUGACGGACUGCCCACACGCCAGGUUCGUGCUGAAGGGCGACGACGACGUCUUUGUCAACACUUACAACAUCGUUGAGUUUCUUGCAGAGCUAGACUUCGAGCAGGACCUCUUUGUUGGAGACGUGAUCCACUACGCCCGUCCCAUCAGAAACACCAAAGUCAAGUAUUUUAUCCCGGAGUCGAUGUACAAAAAGCCCCACUACCCUCUCUAUGCUGGCGGGGGCGGGUUCGUCAUGUCCAGGAGGACGGUGCAGCGACUGCAGCGCGCUGCCGAGGACACGGAGCUCUUUCCAAUAGAUGACGUCUUUGUGGGAAUGUGUCUGGCAAAGAUGGCCGUGACCCCGGUGAAGCACCCGGGCUUUAAGACCUUUGGCAUCCAGAGACCUUUUAAUCCGUUUGAUCCUUGUUUGUUCAAAGAGCUGAUGAUCGUGCACAAACUCACCCCUACCGAGAUGUGGCUCAUGUGGGCGCUGGUAAAGGACGACAGUAUUAGGUGUGCUCUGUCGGUGACGCACAGUUACAGGGCCGGUUGAAAACGAGACUGCUGACGCUGAGCGGGAGUAAAAUGUUGACUGUGGUGGUAACAACGGGGUGCUUAAACUGAUUAAAACAAAGCUGUAGUGGAGGGUGCUCUUUUGUUUAACAGACGGUAGUUGGAUGGUAGGAUAGCAUUGUGCAACGCGCCUCUUGCAGAGUCAUGUCUAGCUGGGGCACGAGGCACAGCACAGCUGAAUGCAGCACGGGAAAGGGAGGGGUUAGCUCAGGGACUCUCAGCGCCUGCUGCCACCCAAGCGGGCAGCACCAAGUGAAAAGUCCCGGUUGCCUAGGGGCUGGUAGCGUGCGCGCAGGGUGGUGGCCUGGGCCAGGAAGUGGGGACUGAGGUUACAAUACAGCAGGGUGGAGAUGCUCCUGUUGCCGGGCCUGCGAAGGGACGCACUGUCUGGGGCUGCCAGUCUAGCAGACCUCACUAGCACUAUGUUCACUCUGGGGGUGGGAGGCACCACCAGCCCCCCAGAUAUCCUAUAACCCUAUCUUUGACUUAUUUGCACUGGAGUUUCUGCACAAGAACAGCUGACACUGGGGCUGGGAGGAGAAACCAAUCUUUGGGAAUCACUGUAAACCUUCUGGCUUUUUUUUUUUUUAUGGCAAUAAAUAAUACAGUUUUG